CACGCAUAAAGCAUGUCUCCUCUUUCAGUUUCAAUCAUCUUACUUGUUGCAACAUGUACAUUUGUUUUCUGUACCCUAAAUGUUGCAGGCUUUUCAGAUGAAGUUAAUGCUCUCCUAAAAUGGAAAGCAACCCUCCAUACCCUUGAUACCAACAUGGUUCUACCUACAUGGACACAUGAUCUUAAUCUCAGUUUUUCUUCUCAAAGAACAGUCUCUCCAUGCAAUUGGUAUGGAGUUUCAUGUGAUGAAAAUGGCAGCAUAAACAGAUUGAAUCUUUCCUCAUCCAGUAUAACUGGUACGCUUGAUCACUUGUCCUUCUCCUCGUUUCCGAAUCUUGCAUAUUUCGAACUUAGUUCAAACAACUUUUCAGGGACUAUCCCAUCUGAUGUCCGUCACCUGUCAAAACUUGUUUAUCUUGAUCUUUCUUCUAAUCAGUUCACCGGGAAAAUCCCACCAGAGAUUGGCGAACUCAGAAAUCUUUCCAUCCUUCAUUUGUUUCAAAAUCAGUUGAACAGUUUUAUUCCGCAAUCCAUAUGUCAAUUGAGAUCCCUUUAUGGGCUCGCGUUGAAUGAAAACAAUCUUUACGGUUCGAUUCCUACUUGUUUGGGUCAGUUGUCAAAUUUGAGUUAUAUUUAUCUGAAUCGUAAUAAUAUUACUGGUUCAAUUCCUCAUGAAUUGGGAAAUCUUUACAAUCUAAAUGAUCUUGAAAUGAAUAACAACUCUUUAACUGGAGCAAUCCCAGAAACUUUGGCCAAUCUGAAGAAUCUAGCCUUCUUGAUUCUUUACAAGAAUCAAUUGAAUGGAUCAAUACCUAGGGAAAUAGGUAAUCUGACUUCUCUCCAGUUUUUGGAGAUACAAUCGAACAAUCUUACUGGUAUGAUUCCUGUGUCUUUAGGUAAACUCAAAUCCCUUUUGGUUCUUCGUCUUCACUAUAACAAACUUUCUGGUCCCAUCCCACAAGAGUUAGGGAACAUGACAUCCCUUUCUAAUCUGCAACUAGGAAGCAAUCAACUCAACGGUUCCAUUCCAAGUUCAUUUGGUAACCUGCAAUCCUUAGAAAAACUCUCUCUUACCGAUAAUCAACUUUCUGGGUCUAUUCCUCCUGAAUUUGGAAAGCUGAAGUUGGUCAAUAUUGAUAUCCGCAACAAUGUUUUAUCAGGUAGUUUGCCUGAUGACAUUUGCAACGGAAGAAAGCUAGAAUAUCUUGGUGUUAGUGAUAAUAAACUAACAGGUCGAAUUCCAAAGAGCUUGUACAACUGCUCGAGCUUGAUCCGAGUCCGUUUGGAUGGAAACCAGAUUACUGGAGAUAUUUUUCAGAGCUUUGGAGUCUAUCCGAACCUGAAUUACAUCAAUCUCAACGAUAACCAGGUUUACGGGGAAAUCUCAGACAAUUGGAGUAAGUGCAGAAACUUAACCACCAUACAGAUGGGGGGGAAUCGAAUCCGAGGUAACAUACCUUCUUCCCUAGGAAAGUCGAUUCAGCUGGAAACCCUAAAUCUCUCCUUCAAUGAUUUGGUUGGAGAGAUACCCAAAGAAUUUGAAAGGAUGACUCGUAUGGGGACACUUGUUUUAAGCAAUAACAGACUUUCUGGUGAAAUCCCAGUUCUGGGAUCUCUAGUUCAACUUCUUGAUCUAUCCAUGAAUAAGUUGAAUGGGUCCAUUCCAGCUUCACUCGAGCAUUGCUCGGAACUUCAUUUCUUAAACUUGAGCAACAAUGGAUUUUCUGGUGAAAUCCCAGUCCAACUAGGGGGAUUGGAUCACUUAUCUGUUCUUGAUUUGAGUCAAAAUUCACUCAUCAAAGAGAUACCUUCUAGGCUUUUGAGUAUGAGUAGCUUGGAGAUGCUAAAUCUCUCUCACAACGAACUCACAGGUAAUAUUCCCGAGAGUUAUGACACAAUGAAUGGAUUGUUGAGCAUUGAUCUUUCAUAUAAUCACUUACGAGGUCCCGUCCCCAAAAGCAAAGUCUUUAGGAAUCUUUCAAUAGAAGCAUUACAAGGGAACGAAGAUUUGUGUGGAAAUGUUACCGGAUUGAGGCAAUGUGCAUCAGAAAGCCAUACCCCAAAACGGAAACACAAACUUGCACUUGUGAUUUCGCUUCCACUUCUUGGCGCCCUUCUACUUGGCGUUCUCAUGGGAAUACUCACCUUCUAUAGUCACAGAUCAAAGAGUCUGCCAUCAACACAACUUGGUAGCGAACAUAAAGAUGACAAAAAUUUCUUUUCGAUUUCAACAUUUAAUGGAAGAGAGACUUAUGACGAAAUUGUGACCCGAACAGAGGAGUUUAACAAAGCGUUUUGCAUCGGAAUGGGAAACUCCGGAAGUGUGUACAAAGUGAAGUUGUCAUCAGGUGAUAUUGUUGCUGUAAAGAAACUUCACUCGUCUUCUGAAGUGAUCAACCACAAUGAUUUCCUAAAUGAGAUCAGGGCAUUGACAAGAAUACGACACAGAAACAUCGUCAAACUACUUGGCUACUGUUCGCACUCUCAAAACUCAUUUUUGGUCUAUGAGUAUCUCGAAGGUGGUAGUUUAGCUGAUAUUUUGGGUGAUAAAACUGCUCAAAUUUUGGACUGGAUGAAGAGAGUGAAGAUUAUCAAAGGUGUUGCAUACGCUUUAUCAUAUAUGCAUCAUGAUUGUUUGCCGGCUAUUAUCCAUCGUGACAUAUCAAGCAAAAAUAUUUUGCUUGAUUCUGAGCACGAAGCCUGUGUUUCUGAUUUUGGAACAUCCAAAAUUCUGAACCCAGAUUCUUCGAAUUGGACUAACGUUGCAGGAACAUUUGGAUACCUUGCACCAGAACUUGCGUACACAAUGAAGGUAACCGAAAAGUGUGAUGUUUAUAGCUUCGGUGUUGUAGCAUUAGAAAUAAUCAAAGGAACGCACCCUGGUGAUAUCAUUACUUCCAUAUCCUCUUGGUCAACCGAAGUGGUCAAGCUAACAGAUUUGAUGGAUAAUCGUCUGCCCGUUCCACUCCCGAAAAUUAAAGAAGUUCUAAACUCAAUAAUGAUUCUGGCCAUUAAAUGCGUUAACUCAAACCCUGAGUUAAGACCUACAAUGCAUGAAGUUUCACAAAAAAUUGCAUGUAUGACUAUGGGGUAGGGGUGAGCAGAAGUUAAAAAUCGACCCUACCCGACUACUACCCGACCCGACCCGAUACCCGACUAAUCAUAAAAACACUACCCGAUCGUUGUACCUACUUAAUUAAUCGUGUAUUGGUUCCACCUGCCAUCGGUCCUCUCGAUUCCAAGUGCAUACCCUUACCCGACAUAAAUUUUCACAACCUCCUCCCUAGGAAUACUAGCGCCGUCCAUUUCAAGUGAAAUUGAUGAAUUGAGUUUCAGUUAUACGUAUGAAGAUUCAUCCCAUUUCAAUCUGUAAUCACUAUUUCACAUUUCAAAUUGGGUGGAUUAUAUCAUAAAUUUGAAGGUAUGUUUAUUGUGUA